GUAACUGAUGCAUUUGUUUUUUCAAAGCUGGGGUCCUCCGAGUCAUAAGAUUAUCUGUCUUGAGAGCGUUUGAGGAGAAGAGGCGUGUGUCCAUGUCAAAUCCACUCACGAACACCGGUGCCUGUGUGGUAAGGGCUCUGCUGCAGACCAGACCAGCAGGUUUUUAACCGGUACAGGGUUCAAGUAUGGGCUUGUCAUUCCUUUUGGUCUUGGCUGCCUCUGUUAUCCUGAUCAGACCGGAAACCCCUGUAACAAAGGCCCUACAUCAGAACUCACUGGAGUGCUGCGGAGAGAAACAGAGAGGGAACAAUUCAUGCUCAAAUGACACUCACUGUGAACCAGGUUGCUUCUAUCGUGUGCUGGAGAACAGCAAUACUGUCUGCAUAUUCUGUGACUCGGCAGCGGUGGAUUUAGAGAAUGUAACCGUCUGCACGUACAACUACACAUUGGACCGUAAAAACCGCACAACAGUAACGACGGUCAUUCCUAAAAUUGGAGGCCCUGGUGUGGCGGCCUCUGUCCUUCUAGGAACCCUAUUGAUCAGCAUGUUCCUCAUCCUCACUGUUGCCUCCUUUUUCUACCUCAAACGCUCCAACCGGCUGCCUGGUUUCUUCUAUCGGCGGAACAAAGCGUUUAUAUUUCAACCAAGUGAGACAGCGGUUAUGAUCCCCUCCUCAUCAGUGAGGAAGCCUAGAUACGUAAGACGGGAGCGUCCACCUACAACGUCGACUCUGAACAGCGCCACCAUACCCACCUCAGCUACCACUCAGGUGUAUAAUGCGUAGGGGAAGGAAGGGUUUGGGUGCAGGUUGAAGAAAGCUCAGGAAGGAUGUCCAAGUCUGAUGUGAAGGAAAACAAGCUGACUCUGGGAAUGUAGGCCAAAUGUACCUACUGCUGCUGCUCCUGCCUUGGUCUCACAAAGGCUGACGCCAUUUAUGUUUGUAACAGUGAACCUGUCCUACUGAUGCUCUGAAUUUACCUGAAAACUGUUUUUGUUUUUUAGUUGAGACACUGUUAUACAAUUAUCCUGAUCGAUUUCCAAUUUCUAAUUCUGUUUUCCCAGGGUCACUACAAUAAAAUAAGUGCCAAGAAUCAAGAGGGUUUUUGCAGACCCUUUUUCAGAGCUUUUAAAAGUUGUAAAAAUAAAGGAAAAAGCUGCUUAAACAAAAAGAAAAAGCCUUUUAAAUAAACCGUCUUUAAUCUGCCUCUGAAUGUAAACUCAGCUAAUGCAUCUAUAUCAUUAAACAAAUGAAAGUUACUUUUUUUUUCCCCUUAAAAGGUUUGGUAUCUGUGAUAUUUGUGGAACAAACAGUCUAUUAACAUUCGACAGGAAACAGAUUUUUUUUUUUUAUUUCUACUAAACCUGUUUUUUUAUUCUUGCUUUGUAUUUAUGCACUGAGUUUUAAUGACUACUGUUGGGCCAGAAUAUAUCAAAGAGAAGUCCCAAGAGCACUGUAUAGAUCAAUAUUUCUUUGUUCUGAAUUUUGUUGUUUUUAUGUUGCCAUUGUAUUUAUUUUAGUAACCAGUGGAGGGGUAUUAAUGUGAGCGCAUUGUGUGGUCGUCACUAACUGCAUUCCACUGGCUGUCAUAAUCGGAAUAUUUAUAGGGUAUUUAUUCAGAAAAUAUUUCCAUUUAGUUUAAAUCCAAACUUUUAUCACUUUUAAGCAAUGUUGGCGGACCUAUGUGCACUUUAAUGUUUUCAGCUGUGCAAGUAUAGCUGUUUUCUUUUUUUUUGUACAGAAAGUGGCAAUAUUUUUUUCCAGUUAUGAGCUUCAUUUGUCUAUUUCAUUUACCAAAAUGGCUUGUUGACAUGACUGUGAUUUGUGUGCCAUUAUUAGCUUUAAAUACAGCAGAUUAUCUUUUUUUAGUGAUGUAUCUGUGAUGGAUUGGAUUUUUGAUUUGCUUCCAGUGGCCUUUACUGUGUCUAUAAUCCUUAUACAAGUUUUCUUGGUGGUAUAGUUUAGUCUUUUUUCUGUUCCAUUAAGUCGACCCUUUGGUGUACAGAUACUUUUGUGGUUUGCAAAUAAGCUACACCUGCAUCAGUCAUUCCUUAGCUAUUGUUCCUUUAUGCUACUGCUAAUUACUGUUGUACAGAAAAGCUCAAAAUGCGCAUAUUGUUUUAUAAAAAUGGAGUGUUUUUGUAAUGUACAUUUUCUUGUUUUAGUGCCAUGAUAAAAGUUUUAAAGAUGUAUAAUUUGCAGAAAUAAAUCACCUUUCUACAAUAA